AUGCCUUUUGAAGGGUUUAGUUCACUGAAAGACAGAUUUUUGAAACCAGGGAAGGAAGACGUGAAGACCACUGUUAGUGACUCUCUGGGGAAUCUGCAAAGAAAAAUUGAUGGAUCCAACACAGAAGAAGACCACAUUGAAUUGACUGAAGAGGGAAGGCCUGUGCUGGCAACCACUCACAAACCUCCCCUAUGUGACUGCUAUUGCUGUGGACUACCCAAGCGCUACAUCAUUGCCAUAAUGAGUGGUCUGGGCUUUUGCAUUUCUUUUGGAAUUAGGUGCAAUCUGGGUGUUGCCAUAGUGGAAAUGGUUAACAACAGCACCGUCUAUGUGAAUGGAAAACCAGAGCUUCAGAAAGCUCAGUUCAGCUGGGAUCCAGAGACAGUAGGACUUAUACAUGGCUCAUUUUUCUGGGGUUACAUUGUGACACAAAUUCCAGGAGGGUUUAUCUCAAACAAACUAGCUGCUAACAGGGUAUUUGGAGCAGCUAUUUUCCUAACAUCUACACUGAAUAUGUUCAUCCCGUCUGCUGCAAGAGUACAUUAUGGCUGUGUUAUGUUUGUAAGAAUUUUGCAAGGUCUCGUAGAGGGCGUGACCUAUCCAGCGUGCCAUGGGAUGUGGAGCAAAUGGGCUCCCCCACUGGAGAGAAGCAGGCUGGCAACCACAUCUUUCUGUGGUUCUUACGCUGGGGCAGUGGUUGCCAUGCCCUUGGCAGGGAUAUUGGUACAGUAUAUAGGAUGGCCAUCAGUCUUUUAUAUUUAUGGAAUGUUUGGAAUUUUUUGGUACAUGUUCUGGCUGUUUCAUGCCUAUGAGAGCCCUGCUGCACAUCCAACAAUAACCAGUGAAGAAAGGACAUACAUAGAAACAAGUAUAGGAGAAGGAGCCAGCCUAGUUAGUGCAAGUAAAUUUAGUACCCCGUGGAAGAAGUUUUUCACUUCAAUGCCAGUGUAUGCAAUCAUCGUGGCAAACUUUUGUAGAAGCUGGACCUUCUAUUUGCUGCUUAUAAGUCAGCCUGCUUACUUUGAAGAGGUCUUUGGCUUUGCAAUAAGUAAGGUUGGCCUUUUGUCUGCAGUUCCACAUAUGGUCAUGACAAUAAUUGUUCCCAUUGGUGGGCAAUUAGCUGAUUUUUUACGAAGCAGAAAGAUUUUAACCACUACCACUGUAAGAAAAAUCAUGAAUUGUGGAGGUUUUGGCAUGGAAGCAACUUUGCUUUUGGUGGUUGGUUACUCUCAUACAAGAGGUGUGGCUAUUUCCUUCUUGGUGCUGGCAGUAGGAUUUAGUGGAUUUGCUAUUUCAGGAUUUAAUGUCAACCAUUUGGAUAUUGCACCCCGGUACGCCAGCAUUCUGAUGGGGAUCUCCAAUGGUGUGGGGACACUGUCGGGAAUGGUGUGCCCACUCAUUGUUGGUGCGAUGACUAAACACAAGACCCGGGAAGAGUGGCAAAAUGUCUUUCUGAUAGCAGCUCUCGUGCACUACAGUGGAGUGAUAUUCUAUGCUAUCUUUGCUUCUGGUGAGAAGCAAGAAUGGGCUGACCCUGAAAGCCUCAAUGAAGAGAAAUGUGGCAUAAUCGACCAAGAUGAACUGGCUGAAGAAACGGAACUGAACAGUGAUACUUUUGUUAGUCCAAAGAAAACGUAUGGCGCUACCAGUCAAAACAAUGAUGUGCGGAAAAAGGCAUGGAGAAAGCAAAAGGGAGUAACGCAGGACAUAGAAGAACAGACUUCCUACCAUUAUGAAAAUGGAAAUUUUCAAGAUAGGUCAUAA